AUUAUGUAGAAUUUUAUGGUUUUUGUGAGAUUAUAACAAAAAUUGUGGAUAAUGAAAGUUUAGUAUUUUAUUAGAUAACUUGUUAUCUUCAAUACAUUUGUUAGAUGACUGUACAUUUGAAGUUACAGUUUUGGCAGCACUGGUAGCAGGUGGUUAAUCGUCACAACUGGUCAUGCAAGAAACCAGAAAUAUAAACCUCCUAAUUCUAAAUGUGUAUUUAAAUUUUGUCGUUUUUCUGAAUGUGAGAAUCACACGUUAUAAGCAAUGCGGAUGUGGAGGACGUCAGUUGUCACUGCGUCGGAUCGUUUAUUUCCCGGUCUGGCGUACUACGAUCGAAAAAAAGAAUUUCAUGACAUAGGAAAUCAAAUACAGUCCAACCUGCCACUCCAAAUGGCAUUGUAUUUUAAUGUGUGGGUGUAUCCUGUAUGGUUUUUUGUGAUACUUGUCAAUUUAGAUGCAAAAUACUCUUACUUGACAGACGUAUACAAAUUUAUAACUGUCGCUGUAUUUAUUGUUAUAUCAAUAUUGGAAGGUAUACGGCUGUACUUGGGAUAUCUUGGAAAUUUAGCAGAGAAGAUUCCAGAACUGGCAAGCUUUUGGCUGAUAUCCACUCUCAUACAUUUUCCAUUAGAGAUGUUCCUUCUUUUCGAUAGCAAAACCAGACCUCAUAUUAGCGAAACAAUUACUAACAGUAUCAUGGCGUUUUUACUAAUUACAGAAAUUAUAACGUCUACUGUAGCUUUAAAGAAAUCGGCAGACCAUCAUGCUAAAAGAUUUUACGUCGCACAAUUAUAUGGGAUUGAUGAUAGUAGACAUUAAUAUAUAUUACUUUAUUUCGAAAUUUUACUAUAUUAUUAUAACAUUAUUAUAACAAUAUUAUUGCAUUAUUGAUAUGCUAAGAUUUAAUGUAACAUGAAUAUGUUACAUUUUAAUAAAAAUUAACUUUUGUACUUCAA